UCGCCCCCUAUGACCCGUAAUGGUGUGGUCCCGGUAAAACAGGUCAAUGUUGAGCUCCGUUAAAAACAAAAACAAGCGGCGGCGAUAGAGUACCGGAGACGGGGGAGGGGAGACGUCUAAGGUGUUGUUCUUGUCCGGGUUGUGUUGGCGGGGCUCGGGACGCUCGUGUGUGAGGAAGAGGAGGCCGUCGCCGCCGCUCCCUCCUCCGGGGAUAUGGAGCAAUGUGUGACGGUGGAGCGGGAGCUGGACAAGGUGCUGCAGAAGUUCUCCGGCUAUGGACAGCAUUGCGAGCGCAGCCUGGAGGAGCUCAUCGAUUACGCGGGCGGCCUCCGGAGGGAGAUCAUGCAGGCCUCCGAUCAAGAUGGUGAAUUAUCGGGAACGUUAUCGCUCGUGUUAACACAGUGUUGUAAGAGGAUAAAGGACACGGUGCAGAAGCUGGCCUCUGACCACAAAGACAUCCACAGCAGUGUGUCCAGAGUGGGGAAAGCCAUUGAUAAGAAUUUCGAUGCAGACAUCAGCAGCGUGGGCAUUGAUGGCUGCUGGCAGGUGGACAGCCAGCGUAUCCUCAAUGAAGUGAUGGUGGAACACUUCUUCCGGCAAGGGAUGUUGGACGUGGCUGAGGAACUGUGUCAGGAAGCAGGCCUCUCGAUAGAUGCAAGCCAAAAGGAACCAUUUGUGGAACUUAACCGAAUAUUGGAAGCAUUGAAAGUUCGAGUUCUCCGGCCAGCCCUGGAGUGGGCGGUGUCAAACAGGGAAAUGCUGAUGGCUCAGAACAGCUCUCUGGAGUUCAAGCUGCACAGGUUAUACUUCAUUAGUUUACUGAUGGGUGGAGCAGCCAACCAGAGGGAGGCGCUACAGUAUGCCAAAAAUUUCCAGCCAUUUGCUUUAAAUCACCAGAAAGACAUCCAGGUGCUUAUGGGAAGCCUUGUGUACCUGCGGCAGGGUAUAGAGAACUCUCCUUACGUUCAUCUGUUAGAUGCCAACCAGUGGGCGGACAUCUGUGACAUCUUCACCCGGGAUGCCUGUGCUCUGCUUGGUCUCUCUGUAGAAUCUCCUCUCAGUGUUAGCUUCUCCGCUGGUUGUGUGGCUCUUCCAGCCUUAAUUAACAUAAAAGCAGUCAUUGAACAGCGGCAGUGCACUGGAGUGUGGAACCAGAAGGACGAAUUGCCAAUUGAGGUGGACCUUGGCAAGAAGUGCUGGUACCAUUCUAUAUUCGCCUGUCCAAUCCUUCGUCAGCAAACCACAGAGAAUAAUCCUCCUAUGAAACUUGUUUGUGGACACAUAAUAUCCAGAGAUGCUCUAAAUAAAAUGUUUAAUGGUAGCAAAUUAAAAUGCCCGUAUUGCCCGAUGGAGCAGAGUCCUGGAGAUGCCAAACAGAUCUACUUCUGAAGACAGGGACUUGUUCCUCUAGUGCUGGAUGGCCUCAUGGGGUUUUUUGUUUUUUUUUAAAGUGCAUUUGAUAAAAGGCGGGGAGUUGAAAUUGUUCCCGUAUUCCCAGAGAAUGCAGAAACCCAUCAUCCUGAAAGCCAGUUCCACCAAGACACUACUGAGAUGUAAAAUUCUGACAAUAAAAUGUCUUGAAUGGACCAGGAACCUUCCUGUCCCCCGGUCUCCAUACCUGGCCAAGCACCAGCAUUGGUCAAAUCAUGCAGGUUUUUGUACUUCCUAAGCAAAAGAUGAUGUAAACAUUUUUAUUGUUCAUUCCCAAAAUACUCUCAAUCCUCUCCUCUUUUCUGAAGUGGGUUAUAUAGGCAAAACGUUGAAGCGCUCUCA